AUGUCGGAUGACUAUAUGAGACAGUUGGAGAUCCAGCGGAAGAAUUUUGAAGCACAGUUUGGUUCGUUGGAGACUCUUGGCUUCGAAGAUAAGUCGAGAGUAAGAGAUGAGGCAAGCGAUGAGGAAGAGAGCGAUGAGGGCGAUGAGCUCAGUGGAAGCGAUGAGUUCGGGAGUGAAAACGGAGACGCUGGAGAUGAAAGUGAGAGCGAUGGAAGCGAUGAAGAUGAUGAAGAUGAUGAGACUAUAGAACAAGCAGCUGCUGCGGUUGCCAAACCUGUGAAAGUGAUUAAGCUUACAGAUAAGUACACCUCGAUGCCCAAGGCCGUACUUUCGCGUGCAGAUAAAAAGCUCUUGCAAUCAGGUCGAGCAGCGACGUUGGCAGAGAUGUCCAAGAAACAAGACGAACUCAACAAGCUCAGCGAGAAGCAGAAGAAACAGGGAGCCAAGGAAGACGGCGACAAUCUCGAAAAUGACCUAAAGCUUCAAAGACUCUUACAAGAGUCGCACAUCUUAGCGGACCAGCAGCAGUACUCUGGUGCGGAUUUGACCUUGCAAACUUUAGACUACGAAGAACCUACCGGGAAGGCCAGACAAAGGACUUUGGACUCCAGAAUCAGGUCCAUUGCAUCGGUGAAUUCUGCAACCGGGGGUUUGCCGAAGAAAUUGGAGAAAAUGCCCAUGUCUAUGAGAAAGGGUAUGGUGUCUAAGUACGAACAGAGAGUAGCCAAAUACGAAGAAGAUGCUAAGAAUGCUGGUAUAGUGUUAUCCAAGACCAAAAAGGGUGAGCGCAGAAAUAUUCAAAGCGGGAAAGGUGCUACUUCGAUAACUGAUAGGAUAGGAUCUGGAAAGAAGUCUGAUAUCAGGAUAAGAGACAGGGGCUUGAAGAUCAGCUCGGUGGGUAGAUCCACGAGAAAUGGGUUGGUGAUAAGCAAGGAUGACAUAGAGAGGAUCAACAAUGCAGGAAAGAGAAAGUCAGGAGGAGGAAAGAAAGGAGGAAGAAGGUGA